UCUACUCAAGGUGACCAGAGCAGCUUUCCCAACAACCAAGCUCUUCGCCACACAGAUCCCCACUUCUUCCCGACUCCGACAAGAAAAUCCGAUCGCCUACCAAAACAUCACCAGCUACAACCAACUGAUCUCCACUGCACCUUCACCAAACGCCACCACAUUACCAACCUUCAAGGGCAAAAUAGAACUGAAAGGUAACGACGCAAUCCACUGGAGCCCAGACACGGCCAGAGAGAUCAUCAACUGCUGGAUGAGGAAUUUAAACUAGGAUUAGGGAAAAGGAAUGAGAAGCCGUCUUUAGGACAGACAGUUGUCAAUUUGAGCGACAGACUUCUCAACCCCCUAGAAAUGAACAUUCUUGAUAAAGGCCUUAAAUUCAUCCCAACCCCCACAAUAACAUCCAUAGACCCCAUCACCCAGGCAACCGAUCGCUUCCAAAGAACACUUUCGUUGACUUAUUUUUUUAGGAACAAACCCGGCAGAGGUAAAAAAUUAUUCACAGUAAAAUCCACAUGGAAACCACCUAAAAAGUCAUUAUCAACAGCCAUCCUAAAAACUUUCGACGAAAUGAAUAUAGAAAUAUCAUCCAUUCAACCACAGUCACAAAAACCAAAUCUCAACCGAGCAACUAAAACGGCAUUAAACACCCUUAAAAAGGACAAAAACAUAAUAAUUAAGAAAAGCGACAAAGGCUCGUGUUGUGUCAUAAUGAAUCGUGCAGACUAUAUCUCAGAGGCAGAAAAACAAUUAAGUAAUCCUAUACAUUACACUAAAUUAGACCAACCCAUCUUUAAGGACACCGCAAAUUUAAUAAACAACAUCUUAUAUGAAUUGCAGGAUAAGGAAUACAUAACAGCAAAACAAUAUGAUUAUCUAUCUGCUAAAUCUGACUGCCGACAAAGACAUCUCUAUACACUACCAAAAAUACAUAAAAAUCCAGAAACAGAAUGGUUUAUACCUAAUAAAAUACCCAAGGGACGCCCAAUAAUAUCAGACUGUGGCAGCGAAUCAUACAACGUAUCACAAUAUAUAGACCAUUUCUUAUUACCCCUAGCAUGCCAACACCCAUCCUACCUUAAAGACACUAACGAUUUCAUUCAGAAAAUCAAACAGUUAAGAGUCCCCGAACACACCGUUUUAAUAUCCAUCGACGUACAAAGCAUGUACACGAACAUUGAUAAUAACACAGGUAUUGAAGCAGUUAGGAAAGCAUUUCUUAGGAACCCGCAAGCAUCCAGGCCGGACGAAGAAAUCCUCAAACUACUCAACAUUUGUCUGAGGAGGAAUGACUUCGCUUUUAACGACCAAGUAUACCUUCAGUCUUCCGGAACUGCGAUGGGAAAACGAUUUGCCCCGAGUUAUGCAAAUCUCUUCAUGGCGGAGUGGGAAAGGGAAGUUCUGCCACUCUGUCCAUUAAAACCAGAUUUCUAUGGGCGGUUUUUAGAUGACGUUUUCAUAGUCUGGACCUACACACUAGACGAAUUUUGGACGUUUUUCAACAUUCUGAACAAUCAUCAUCCAUCUGUCAAAUUAACCGCAAAUAAACAAUAAUACCAGAAUACCAGAAGCACCACCCAAGGAAGACCAUCAGCGCCACCAACACCAAUAAACAGUGAAAUCGCCUUUGUAUAUAAAUCUAAUGUAUUGUAUGUAUUUUAAUAAAACUAGGAAAUAUCACGAACUAAUUUUUCAUCAUCCUAGGUCAGUGCUUAUGUGGAGACUUAACCUCU